AUGGCUUCUGCAAGCAAUGCUCUCAGGGUGUUCUUCAUCCUAGCGGUUGUAAGCGCGGUAUGCACAGCGAAAAGGACCGGAGCAAAGACGGGAGACUCGGCGGCAGCCCUUGCUGCAUCUGGAGGCGCCGCAGCUCCGGAAGGCGCCGCCAAGGCGGCUGGAGGCAGCGGGACGUUCGACAUCUCCAAGCUCGGCGCGACCAGCGACGGCAAGACGGACUCCACAAAGGCGGUCCAAGACGCGUGGACGUCAGCGUGCGGAGCGACCGGAAGCGCCACGGUGCUCAUCCGCAAGGGCGACUACCUGGUCGGCCCUCUCAACUUCAGUGGCCCGUGCAAGGGCGCCAUCACCAUCCAGCUCGAUGGCAACCUGCUGGGAUCCAACGAUCUGGCCAAGUACACGGCGAGCUGGAUCGAGGUGUCGCACGUCGACAACAUUGUCAUCACCGGCUCGGGCACGCUCGACGGUCAGGGCACCGCCGUUUAUACCAAGACCAAGACCGACACCGUGAAGGCGAUGCCGAACGUACGUGCGAUGCUCACCUUAAUUAUUAUAUUUAUAUUACGGACCGGACGGGACUCACGUGUGCGCGUGCGUGAUGCGAUGCAGACAUUGGUGCUGUUCUACGUGACCAACGGCACUGUCUCCGGAAUCAAACUACUCAACUCCAAGUUCUUCCACAUCAACAUCGACGCUUCAAAGAACAUCACGGUGAAGGACGUGAACAUCACCGCGCCCGGGGACGUUGAGAACACGGAUGGCGUCCAUGUCGGAGAGUCCUCCAAGGUGAGCAUCACCAACUCAACCAUCGGCACCGGCGACGACUGCGUCUCCGUUGGCCCCGGGAGCAACGGCGUCAUGGUGAACAGCAUCAUCUGCGGCCCCGGGCAGGGCAUCAGCAUCGGCUGCCUAGGCCGCUACAAGGACGAGAAGGAUGUCAAGGACGUGACGGUGCGGGACUGCGUGCUCAAGAAAACCACCAACGGCGUGCGCAUCAAGUCGUACGAGGACGCCGAGUCUGUGCUGACGGCGUCGCAUCUAACCUUCGAGAACAUCAGGAUGGACGAGGUGGCGAACCCCAUCAUCAUCGACCAGUACUUCUGCCCCCAGAAGGUGUGCCCUGGCAAGCAGAGCAACUCCUCGCAUGUCGUCGUCAAGGACGUCACGUUCCGCAACAUUACGGGCACGUCGUCCACGCCACAGGCCAUCAGCCUGCUCUGCUCGCAGUCGCAGCCAUGCAGCGGCGUGUCGCUCAUCGAUGUCAACGUGGAGUACGCCGGCAAAAACAACAAGACCAAGGCCGUGUGCAACAACGCCAAGGGCACCGCCAAGGGCAGCGCCGAGGCCCUGGCAUGCCUGGCCUGA